AUGAAUUGUCUUGGCUUUGUUCCAGCAAUACAUCUCUUGAAGCAUUUAUUAGUUAGACUUAGUAUGGACAUAGCAUCAACAAGAGGUUUGUUGUUGCUUUACUCUUAAAAUGGACCUUUGGGUUAGAUUAGAACAUAAAUUAUGCAAGACCCCAAAGCAAGAAAGCCUCGUGUGGCUAUUAUUCAUCCAGACCUUGGAAUUGGUGGUGCUGAACAACUUAUAAUUAAUGUUGGGCUCGCACUAAAGUAUAAAGGCUAUGAUGUUUAGGUUUUUACUCCCUUUUUCGACCCUAAUCGAUGCCUUGAUGAAGCAAAGUUACUGGAUGUACACGUACAUGGUUCAUGGUUUCCAAUGAACAUCAAUGGAAAAGCAGUAGCACUAUGCGCUUACAUUAGACAACUACUAUGUACUAUAUGGGUACUCCUAUUAGGUGGGCAUUUCGACUAUUAUAUCUUGGAUCAAGUAUCGUUCCCCAUACCUCUAGUUAGACUAAAGAGCAGAAAUGUGCUUUUCUAUUGUCAUUAUCCCGAUAAGCUCCUUUCAACUGAACGUUCCACUGUGUCUAAAAAGAUAUAUAGAUUUUUCUUGGACCUCUUUGAAGAGAUAACUACAGCUUGUGCAAGAUGCAUUGUAGUCAACAGUGGAUUUACUCAGAAAGUGUUUUAUGACAACUUCCCAAUCAUUAGAAAGUUCGUCAAAUCUCAUAGACCAGAGAUAUUAUACCCAGCUAUUGAAGAAAAGACUUUUGUUCAAAGUGCAAAUUAUAAAGAAACAAUUGACCAAUUAUUAGGCAAAAAUAUUACUAAGGACACUGUCAUUUUGACUUCACUUAAUAGAUACGAAAGGAAGAAGGAUAUCCCACUAGCAUUACUUAGUUUCAACUAUUACCUAGAGAAUUAAAUCAAGCAAUUCGGACAAGACUCAGUGAAGGAUGUGUAUCUAGUAAUUGCUGGCGGAUAUGACACAAGACUUUCAGAGAAUGUCUAAGUUCAUGAAGAACUGGUUGAUCAGGCAAAGAAACUAGGCAUUGAAGACAAGGUAGUAUUUUUAAGAUCAAUCUCAGGCGACUAAAGAAUCAACUUACUCAAAAACACUAAGAUAUUGCUAUACACCCCUUAAAAUGAACACUUUGGAAUUGUGCCUGUUGAAGCUAUGCAUAUGGGUUGUGUUGUAAUUGCUUGCAAUAGUGGAGGACCACUAGAAAGUGUUGAAGAUGGUAAAACUGGCUAUCUGGUAUCACCUAAGUUCUAAGAGUGGGGCAACAGAAUAAUCCUGAUAUUAGGAUCCUCUAAAGAGAAGUAGGAUGAGAUGAGAAAGAACGCUUAGGAGAGAGUGAGAAUAAUGUUCACAAAGGAAGUAUUUGCAGAACAGUUGGAAAAUAUCUUAAAGAGAAUGUGA